AAUGUCACACAGCAGCUAGCUUCCACGUCUUUUGUAUACCAGCUGGAUCAUAGUUGACUUCAAAUUUUCCUUUAACAUACCUCGCCCGCUUUAUCCGACCCACUUGCAUUGGGUUUUCUGUAUAUACAUAUCACAAUAUCCAGAAGAACAUCAAACCGCUUAUGAAAGCUUAAUCAUCAUCAUGGCUCUCCAUACUAAUUUUGGUUCCCCGUUCGUUCUUAUUCUUACAGCAAUAACAUUUUUGUUCGUCUUCCAACAAUCCAGCGCGGUUUCAGCUACUUCCAAUAGCACAAGUACUCCACCCAAGGGAAUCGUGCUUCGGGUGACCAAAGACCCCGCAACUCUCCAAUACAUAACCUUGGUUCACCAGAGAACUCCCCUCGUUCCGAUCAAACUAGCCGUUGAUCUUGGCGGAGGAUCUCUCUGGGUAAGCUGCGGUGCCGAAGAUCACUACGUCAGCUCGUCUUUCAGCCACGUGGAUUGCACUUCCACUCUCUGCCCACUCGCAAGAGGGACUCCAGAUUGUGCGGACCAUUGUGUUUUCCACCAAAUCCAUCUCCCCAACUGCACCACCACCGCCUGUUGGUCAUUCACCUUCAACCCUUUCGGCGGAAAACUCGACGCCGAUGGCGAGAUCAUCCAAGAUGUCCUCGUAUUCCGUUCUACCUCCCCCGGCGGAAAGGCCGUUUCCGCUCCAAACUUCGUGUUCACAUGUGUUCCGUCUCCUUUUAAAGGCGCGCUAGCCCCCGGAGUGAAGGGCGUAGCCGGUUUAGGAUCUGCUUAUCCAGCUCUUCCAUCUCAGCUUGGUCGGAUUUUCAACUUCCCGAGCAAUUUCUUGGUUUGCUUAAGUUCUUCCACCAAGGCCAACGCCGGCGCGGUGGUUUUCGGGGAUUUGGGUCGCUUCCCGGCACUUGUUAAUGACGACAUGUACAAAUCUAUGAUUAACACUCCUAUUAUAAAAAGUCCAUUUGGAAAUGCAACACCACUUGGGAGAGAAUUUACGGAGUACUAUGUCGGGUUGACCUCCAUCAAAGUCAACGGUAAAGUUGUGCCAAUCAACGCCACAUUGCUAUCCAUUGAUGAACUUCAAGGCUAUGGAGGAACGAAAAUCAGCACCGCUCAUCCUUACACCGUCGUGGAGAGAUCAAUUUACCAGGCCGUGGUUAAGGCUUUCGUCGAAAAACUCCCAUCAACAGUGACUAGAAUAACUCCACCGGUAGAACCUUUUGGAGAAUGCUUUAAAGGUAUUAAUAAUCUUAACUCGGUACCUUCCAUCGAUUUUGUGUUCCAAAACAAAAAAAUAGCCUGGAGGAUUUCGGGAUCGAACUCGAUGGCAAGAAUUAACAAAGAUGUCACGUGCCUUGCUAUUGUGGAGCUUGCAACUUUUAUAAGCCCGAGUCCUGAGUUGGAGUUUGAGCGCGAGUCGGCGAUAACGAUCGGAGCACAUCAAAUGGAGGAGCACUUGCUGGUGUUUGAUCUCCAGAGUUCAAUGAUUGGCAUUAGCCCUUCUCUCGUGUCCCGCAAAACGACGUGCGCCAACUUCAACUCGAAGUACUAGCUCAUCCUUUGAUGGAUGAUUCUUUGCAUAUAUUCCUACCUCGCAGCACCUUGUUUGCUGGUUCGAUCAAUACAUGUAAUUUUCAAUAAAUACUGAUAUACAUAUAAUCCUACUUCAUUGUAUUCAGCUCCCGGAUACCUUUGUACCAAGUGGUUAUCUUUUUUUUAAUUGAAAUUAAAGAAGGUCAAGAGACACAAUGAA